GUUUCCCAUCCCGAACCAUAUACGCCAGGUCCUUGAAACUUGCUGCUUUUGUUGCGCUCUGUAUUCCAGCAGGAUUCUGCCUGGAUAGAAGCAUUCCUGUGACGUAGCUUGUGGCUCAACACCCUUGAUAUCCGGGGCACACGGUGGGCUGAAUAUCAUCCUUACCACCGCACCACGACACAUUUCUCGAUAUGCAUGUUGUGGUGUGAGCAGAAGUGGUAUUGGAGCGGCUGUAUGGGUGUGAUACUGACUUACCUUCUGGUCAUGUUGCCACUUGCCACUCUUCGGGUUGAUUAACCUUGCAACACAUCUCGCGAUACUGGGAGGCUAUAUUCUCCGAGCUUGAUUAUCAAGCAAGGGACCAGGAGGGUAAGCGCAUGUAUGCGCCCAAUGAAUGGAAUUGUUAAGUACCACCGCCGUGGAAGUAACAGAUCCUUGGUGCUUCUCCACACGCAAAACUAGGAUUAUUACAUAGUCAGCAUGUCUAUUCCUCGAAUCUGGUUCAUUACCGGUACCUCUUCUGGUUUUGGCAGGCUAAUGACUGAGAACGCUCUUGGUCAUGGAGACAUUGUCGUUGCAACGGCGAGGAAGCCCGAGGCACUGGACGACCUAAAGAGCCAAUAUCCGAGCAGCAAACUGCUUGUCCUUCCCCUCGACGUCACCAACAAUCGGCAAAUCAAGGAUGUUUUCUCCAAGGCGAAGGAGGCCUUUGGGAGGAUUGAUGUCGUCUUCAACAUUGCAGGGCGUGGUAUACUAGGCGAAGCCGAAGGAACGCCGGAGGACGAGGCACGCGCCUUGUUCGAUACGAAUUUUUGGGGGGCGACGAACGUUAGUCGUGAGGCAGUGAGGUUUUUCAGGGAGGAGAACAAACCUGCGGGUGGUAGGUUGCUUGUUAACUCCUCGAAGGUAGGCAUUCAAGCCGUGCCCUUCGCAGGAUAUUAUUCGGCAACAAAACAUGCAUUGGAAGGUAUUACCAAAGCACUUGCGCAGGAGCUCGAUCCGGCUUGGAAUAUAAAGGUCACUCUGGUUCAACCUGGAUUCUUCCGUACCGACGUUGGAGCAAAGUCUGUUGUCUUUCCGAUCCAUCCUGCGUAUACCAAUCCUACUCUCCCUGGAACUAUCUUUCGUGCAUUCCUCGCGAGCGGCAAAGAAAUCGGUUCCGACACAGCCCAAGGCGUGGAGAAAAUAUACGAGCUAGCAUGCUUAUCUGAGCCCCCCAUGAGACUGGCUCUAGGAAUCGACGCCAUCCGGGAUAUCAGAGCUGAGUUGAAAGGUGUUGAGGCAGAUGUUGGGAAAUACGAGUCCUGGUCUGAAGGACUGGUACUUGACACUUGAUGCAUUGUGACUUGCUCGUACAUUCGUUCCGUUCUUCUGUUUGAUAAACUAGGGAUGGGAAUGGAUUUUCAGUUUCGGUGGUCUGUUCCCGCAUAGUAUUAUAGAGUUUCCUUGAUGCCCAUAUUCAAGUCGUUGAGUUUCGUUUCCGGACAUGGACAACAGAAGCUGUGCCCCUCAAAAUGAAUACCCAAUCACCAU